GUAGCUGUCUGCGCCAUCAUACCUCGUAUCCUGGACUUGAUCCUGAUUUCUAAACCCGGGCUUAUUUUCGUGUGCGGUUUUCCGAAUUUUCGUGCCCGUAUUUGUGGAACAUUCUCCAUUAUGAAAUUCUGCUAUUUGAUAAUUAUUUGUCUCUACCCGACAUUAAGUUUGGGAACUGGAAAGGCACAAGGUACCACGACUGGCAAGUGGUGGGGAGUUGCCUCCUCGCAACAGAAGUCAAACUUGGUUGUCAACCGCGCCGGUGUGCCAGUCGUCGUCGACCAGACACCUUUAAACAAGAAACAGAGAAAACUGAUUCGACUACACCCUGGCUCUCUUUCUGCAAUAACCAACUCUGUUGGGAUGUCAAAGACCGAAUGCAAAUGGCAAUUUAAAGAGAGGAGGUGGAACUGUCCCACAAAUAAAAAUGACAGGGGAGGACGAAAUUUAUUUGGGAACAUUCUCGAAAGCGGUUGCCGUGAAACAGCGUUUAUCUAUGCAAUAACUGCGAGCGCAGUCGCCCAUUCAGUAGCGAGGUCCUGCAGCGAGGGCAGUAUCGAGACGUGUAACUGUGAUUACGAGAAACGUGGCAAAGGCGGGAAAGGCUGGGAAUGGGGAGGCUGCAGUGACAAUGCUGAUUUUGGUUCCAAUUUCUCCAGAAAAUUCGUAGAUGCAGGCGAAAAGGGAAGAGAUCUGCGAUACUACAUGAAUAAACACAACAACGCAGCCGGUCGAAGGAUUGUUACAGACAACAUGAGACGGGAAUGCAAGUGCCAUGGUAUGUCUGGAAGCUGUCAGGUAAAGACAUGUUGGAUGAGGCUGCCAACUUUCAGGGAAGUAGGCGAUAUACUGAAAGAACGAUUUGACGGAGCCUCGCAAAUUGCCCAGACGAACAAUGGCCACAACAGAGGAACCCGACGAAAGAAACGAAUCAAGCACUUUGAAAGUGCCGACCCGCAGCACAAGCACCCUACCGCUUCGGACCUAGUGUACUUUGAAGAAUCACCCGAUUUCUGUGAGCUGAACAAGAAAGUGGGCUCGCUUGGAACGAGGGGGAGACAGUGUAAUAACACCUCAAUUGGAAUAGACGGUUGUGAUUUACUUUGCUGCGAACGAGGCUACAGGAGCGAAAUCGAACAAGUGACUGAGAGAUGUAGCUGCACGUUCCAUUGGUGCUGUCAGGUCAAAUGUGAGACUUGUGUCACACAGCGAACGGUGCAUACGUGUUUGUGAAUAGUUGUAGUAAACUAUAGAAAGCACAAGUAAACAUAAACGGCUAUGCAGAGAGCGUGAGAUGUCGUGUAUAUGUGUGGAAUCCAAGUAUCCAUUGCAAACCCCCAUCAUGCAUUGCGAUGGUACUGACAGAAUUCCUCCAGGCGUUCAGAUCGGCUUAAUAUAACAGAAACAGUUUCCUUCAUUUCUAGAAAGGAUCUAACGAAGCAAGUAACAACAGUAUAUUUUUAAAUAUAUAUAAACCUAAUGUUCGGAGCAAAGAUUAAAUAUAUUGAGUUGAGCUGCCGCUCAUAUGUUAGCAUAUGCAUUCAGAUGGGAAAGCAAACUUCAGUUGUAAUGUCCUGUAUGGCUUCACAGUUAGUGUGAUCACUUCUGGAGAGUGCCCCAUAAUCGGACCAGACAAUUAUAUAUAAGAUACAAAGUUAUGGGUCACAUGCGCAAAAUCUGAGAUGUUUUUUUUUUUUACUGAUCGGAGAGGGAAACAUGAUUGCACAUCCUCGAAUUGUUGUUCAGAGGGCAUGUCAAUUAAUGCUGGGGUACCAACUGGUCGGUCAAUCAUUCUACCUUUGAUUGAUAAGCACCAAUAUUUCUCUGGAACUUUGUUAGUACCUGCGAUUUUAAUUGAUGAAUUCAUCCGAUUUUGGUCAAUAUGUAAGUAAAAAAAAUAGUUCUAUCUCAAUAGCUAGUUACAUGGUUGCAUGAGAAUCAACAAGUCGAACGUUAGCAAUAGAACUGUUGACAUUAGAAAUGGUUAUUUACAAAAAGCUGUUACAAUUUGCAUUCUAUGCUUUGGCGUUCAUUUGUGUAAAAUACGUCAAGAUCUUAAUAUGUAUAUUUUUUGGUAUUUGCUAUCUAUAUUCAGUGUAGAAGAUGGCAUAUAUUCGUAUGUAUGCUCCUUGAUCAACUUUGGCUAGUCCUAAUAAAUAUUCAUGAAGUGUGCUAUA